AUGGACUCAGGACGCGCCCAGGUCGACGCGAGUUUGUCGCAGGCCUCGCCAGACGAACAACUCGAUGGCCCAGCUGGGGAUAGCGCGAAGAGAAAGGCGGAACAACCGGCCAACGGUACCCAGACUCGUUCAAAGAGAAAUCGGUAUAUUUCCAUUGCCUGCAACGAGUGCAAGCGCCGGAAAAUCAAAUGCAAUGGCCAGACACCCUGUUACCGUUGCGGCCACCUCAAGCUGGAAUGUCCGGAGUUCCGGUCUAUGAAAGAACAAAUAGCCUCUCUGCAGGAUCAAGUCACUAGCCUUUUCAGCAGCAUCAGUGAACUGCGAGCGCAGAGGUCAACUUUCGAUACUCCAGCCUUCGACAACUUCUCGCGUGACGGCUCGCAGGUUUUUACAUCUAUGCGUCCCCCAACAGGCAAGCCACGCUUCAAACAUGCUCGGUUCCAUGGUCCGACCAGCUCAGCAUUCAACUUUGACGUUGCUCGAUCAAGCCUCCAGCACAUGGGUAUUGCGCCAGUCGAAGAAACCAUGCCUGAUGAUAUAACGACAGGACAUGCCACCCCAGCGGCGUCGCCUCCUCACAUACCAGCUCUGACACAACCGAUGCAUCCGUCGAAAGACCCUAUUUGGGCGAUCAAAAAGGAUGAGGCCUUACGGCUAUGUCGGGUUUAUGAAGAGGAGAUUGGUAUUAUGUAUCCCCUCGUCGACAUCGAUCACGUCGUGCAACAGGUCAACUUGCUUUAUACCUUCAUGGAGGCCGCAAUACGAACGGGACUUAUGCAUCGAGGUCUAGCAGGUACAGAUGGCCUUGAAGAUGAUAGUACGAAUAUAAUCAAACUCAUUUUUGCUACUAUCCUUGUUGUUGAAGGUGGUGGACAAAGCCAGCUUGGCCAGCGCCUAUAUCUGAGUGUGAAGCCGGCUAUUGAGUCCAAGAUCUGGGAUACGCUAGAUGUUAAAACCAUCCAGCUUCUAGGAUUAAUGGCGACAUAUCACUUUCAUACGGAUGAAGAUGCUUUAGCUUAUCGAAUUAUUGGUGUAGCCUCCCGCAUGUGCCUUGAGAUGGGGCUACAUAGACGAGACGCACUGGCCAAAAACUUUCCUGACGAAGCACAGUGGCCUGAUAUUGUCAGGAUAUUCUGGUCGAUUUACUCUUUGGAUAGACGGUGGAGUCUUGGUACGGGACUGCCGUUUUCAAUGCACGAUGAAGACAUUGACCAAAUGGAACCAGAUCCAUCAUUACAGUACCUGCGAUGCAUGAUCACAUACAACCGCAUCAUCUCCAAGGUGUGGUACUCUGGUUUAGGUUCAGACGGAGCCACGGACAUACGUCGAGACGAGAUUGGCUACUUGGACUACCAAGUUCUACAGUGGUAUAAACAAAUACCGGAUUCUCUAAAGUUCUAUCCUGCCGAGUCGCCGAGGCAGGGUGAAGCGGCGAGCAGGGGCUUACGGCGAUUGCGAAUACUUUUAUAUUUGCGCAUGAAUCAGCUGCGAAUUCUUAUUUACCGGCCAGUUCUCCAUUCUGCUGCCAGCAUUGCCGAAGACAAAGGGCACGCUCAAACCGUUGUUGACGUCGCUAAAGAUACCGUUCGUAUCCUCACCCGACUGAACCAGACUUCAGAUAUAUACCGCACACAACAAAUUACUUUCAACUACUUCCUCGUUGCUGCAUUAGCUGUUCUCUUCCUGGCUGUCUGUCACGCGCCCAACGAGUUUAAUCGUCAAGUACGGGACGAAUUUUAUCUAGCUCUAGACCUUGUUAAUGGGUUUAGCACCAAGUCGUAUGUCUCGAAACGCCUGUGGAAGACGAUCAAAGGCCUCAGACAAAUUGGCGAGAGACUGGGCGUUCUCGAACGCCCUUAUGGUCCGGACGCCAAUGACCCACACUCGACAGCAGCUGUCGCAAUGGCCGGUUUGGCUGGCCAUCCAAUGGAAGAUUUGUCUGUGUACGGGGCUUUGAAUGGGGUGGGCGAGUUGGGAAAUAGCCCGUUGAAUGGGCUGCAGAUGAGCCAUGAGCUCACAACAUUGUUUGAAGCUGUCGGCGGCUUUGGCAACUUCAUGGGAACGACGGCAGCCGAUAGUAUUAAUGGCUUUAUUGGCCAUGAGGGUGAGCUACAGAAUACUGGCGAAGGGCUGUCAGGUGUGCUGGGGAAUGAAGGCGAAUUUGCACGAGUGAUACGAGAUCUAUUCUAA